AGCUUUGUUUUAUUAUUGUUAUAUAAAUAAAUCAAAAAGAAAGAAAAAAACCCAGAUUUUCUUGCCUUGGUUCUUUUCAAAAUUCACUUGAUUCUUUAAAAGAUUAGUCUUUUUAGAUUCUUUAGCAAAAAGAAGAAAAAAAGUUUGAUUCUUGAUUCCCAAGUAAAAUAAUUCCGAUUUUUAAUGCUCUUUUUAAGCAUCUAAAUAUUACUUCUUUCAUCUCCAACAUGAUCACUGUUUUCCCAACUUAAAAUUUUCUUCUUUCUUUUCUUUUUGGUAUGAAUUUUUCAAGUAUGGAAGCUUUAUUUUCAACAUCUUUUAUGUCAAAUAUGGAUUGGUUUCAUCAAGAGAACCAAAAUACAUAUUGGACUAAAGAAGAAAACAAAAGGUUUGAGCAUGCUUUAGCUAUAUAUGGUGACGAUGUACCUGAUAGAUGGAUAAAAGUUGCAGAGAUGAUACCUGGUAAAACUGUUUUAGAUGUUAUUAAACAGUACAGGGAAUUAGAAGAAGAUGUUUCCGAUAUCGAAGCCGGUCGAAUUCCGAUCCCCGGUUAUCCCACCUCAUCUUUUACAUUAGAAUUGGUCGAUAACCAUGAUUUUGAUGGUUAUAGGAAAAGACCUAAUGGUGCUAAAGGCCAUGAUCAUGAAAGGAAAAAAGGUGUCCCAUGGACUGAAGAUGAACACAGGAGGUUUCUAAUGGGACUUGUAAAGUAUGGUAAAGGGGAUUGGAGAAAUAUUUCAAGGAACUUUGUGGUUUCAAAGACACCUACACAAGUUGCUAGCCAUGCCCAAAAAUAUUACCAAAGGCAACUUUCAGGGGGAAAAGAUAAGAGGAGACCGAGCAUCCACGAUAUCACGGUUCUCAAUCUCAGUAGCACCACUACGUUUUCGGACCAUCGUAAGGCUGUGUCUAUAAACCAGUCUAAUGUCCUUACAUUGCAGCAUAAGAUAGCCAGUAUGUCAAAAGCUGUAGGCCUUAAUGGGUCGGUUACGGUUUUCGAUUCGGGGAAUGGAAACAGGUUUACAUCGUCGCAGUACCAGGCUGCUCAAAAUCUGUAUGGUAAUGCUUAUCAUGGAGCUCAUAUCAAACAUCAAAGUUCAGUAUUCUAAAACCCUUCACAACAAGAUAUGUAAGGCUGUUGUUGUUCUCUGUUGUACUCGAAAGUCGUCUCGGUUUUUCGAAUCUAAUAACGUUUGGGGUUCUUUCAUGGUGUUAAAAAACGGUCUUAUUGUUACACAAGGAUGAAAACAAAUCAUGUACUGUAAAUUCGAAAAUAAAUACGCUAUUCCGGUUCGCGAAAAA